AUGAUUAUGUUCACUUUAUCUUCGUCGUAUCAGGAUAGCGGGUAUAAUAGCCCAUGCUCCCCAUCAACGUCAACAAGUUUCGACACACCGUUCCGAUCUCAAAGGAUUGCCGGUGUCAUUAGAAGAAAAUUGGAUUUUUCUGCUUCUCCGACAGCCAAAACAGUAAAUGUUGCCACCCAAACAGUUUGCAUGGAUCUGAGAUGCCAAAGGAUAGCUCGACGUCUUUCAUUCCUUUGUGAUGAAUUCGAUAGAGAAUACUUUCAAAAGAAAGAGGAAUGCCCUUCUUACUUCACUCUGAGGAUUCUGGAAAAUGUGAUCAAACUACUCUUCUAG